AUGUUGCGUUGUGUGUUCUUAGCUUUUCACUUCUUUUCUAAAUAUGUCUGUGAGCCAAGUGAGUUUAACUUACCAGGGGACUAUAAACUUGGGGGAGUUUUUCCUGUGCAUACAGCCAGUGAGAUAAUUAUUCCAAAUUCUCCUAUGGCACUUCAAUGCUACAAUCAGCCAUUUACCAUGUCAGGUUAUCAGAUGUUUGAGGUGAUGCGAUUUUCUGUGGAGCAGAUCAAUAACUCCACCACCAUCCUGCCUAACGUCACUCUUGGAUACGCGAUCUUUGACUUUUGCUUGUACAAUCAGAAUUUUCCUUCAAUUCUCGAUUUUAUCUCAGACAAUGGGCAUAUAAAUGUAUCAGAAAAGGAGAACAAACACAAUGUCAUUGGACUUGUUGGUCCUUACGGCAGCACGGAAGCUUUGGCCAUUGCACCUUUGUUCAUGAUGGACCUCAUUCCAAUGAUUAGCUAUGCAUCCUCGAGCUAUGAUCUAAGCAAUAAGUGGGUCUAUCCAAGUUUUUUAAGGACUGUACCAACCAACCAAGAUAUAAUUAUGGUAAUAAUCAAUCUCAUUCAGCAUUUUGGUUGGAAUUGGGUAGCUUUCAUUAGCAGUGAUGACUCCUACAGUCAAAACGGCCUUGAAUUAUUCCGGAGUACCAUCAAAGACACCAGCAUCUGCUUGGCUUUCUUCUAUGAAAUUACACUGAAUUCCAACUAUACAGAGAUACUCAAGAGGAUUGACUCACUGAGCAUCAAUGUGAUCAUAGUCUUCACACUGGAAGACACUGCUCGAGCGUUUGUUGAAACAGCUGUAAGAAUCAACAUAAGAGACAAAGUUUGGAUAGCAGGCGAUGCAUGGUCUAUGGAUGCAGAGCUUUCCACUUGGCCUGGCAUUGGGCAGGUCGGGACCAUUUUUGGUGUUACAGCAACAACUUUAAAUUUGCCUGGAUUUGAUGAAUAUGUCUACCAAACAAGACUAAGACUUGAAACUGACUACUGUCUGAAUUGUGAGGACACAGAGAAGUGCAAUCAGCUAUGUGAUAACUGCAUGAAUGAGAAACCAGAGGACAUUAUAAAGGAAAGCCCGACAUACUCGUUCUCCAUCCAGGCAGCUGUGUACACAUUUGCCUAUGCACUCCACCAAGUGCUGAACUGUAGCAUGGCGGGAUGUGCCCGAGAUCAAGACAUACCACCUUAUGUGGUUCUGCAAAAUAUGAGACAGACAAGUUUCAUAUUGCAAAACCAGUAUGUUAAGUUUAACCAAUAUGGGGAUCCUCCCGCCAGUCUUGCAGUAGUACUCUGGAAACCAGAAGAGAACCCGCUAUUUGUGGUGGUGGCUGCAUAUAAUACCCACCCAACAAUUAAUUUCAGCUUGAAUGAUGACCUAGUUCCCUGGGCUGAAAAUGGCACAGUGCCCUAUUCUAAUUGUUCAGUUGAAUGUGAAACUGGUUUUAAAAGAGUACAAACUUCAAUACAUAAAUGUUGUUUCCAGUGUGAGAAAUGCAAGGCUCAGACAUACAUCAACACCACAGAUGAUGCUUACACUUGUGCUCCAUGUGCAGAGGGUUACUGGUCUGAUGAAAAGAGCAUAAUCUGCAAAAAGCGCAUUAUCGUCUUCCUUGAUCUCAAGGAUCCUCUGUGCAUGCUGUUCUUGGUAUGUGCUGUGGCCUUCAUUGCUAUCUCCAUUGGACUCAUCAUCCUUUUUGGCAUCAACUACAACACUCCGGUGGUAAAGUCUGCCGGUGGUAAUAUGUGCUUCCUUAUGCUGUUUUGUCUGGUUCUGGCCAACAUUGGGGUCUUCUUUUACUUUGGAGUGCCAGACCCAGUGAAUUGCGCUUUACGGAAUGUCUUUUUCAUAUUUUUCUACACUAUUUGCCUUUCUUGUAUGGGUGUUCGUUCCUUUCAAAUUGUCUGUGUAUUCAAAAUGGCUGCCCAGUUUCCAGAUGUCUACCACUGGUGGAUGAAAAACAAUGGUCAGUGGCUUUGUAUUAAUGUCUACUCUUUCAUACAGCUUAUUGCUUGUGGAAUAUGGCUUCUAACUGGAAGGCCCAAACCCUACAAUGACAGUACGUCUUUUAAAGAUCAGACUAUUUUGACGUGUGAUAUGGGAUCAAUGGUUACAUCCACCUUGGCUUGGUCCUGUCUCUGGUUUCUUAGUAUAGUCUGCUUCUGUUUCUCCUACAUGGGCAAAGAUCUUCCAAAAAGCUACAAUGAAGCAAAGUCUAUCACGUUUAGCUUGCUUUUAUUUUAUCUGGGCUGGAUUGCAUAUUUCACAGCAUACAUUGUGUUCAGAGGAGCUUACAUUCAGCUUUUUAAUGCAGUUGCACAGCUUUCAAGUUCAUAUGGAAUUAUUUUUAGCUUCUAUAUGCCAAGGGCCUACAUCAUUAUUUUCCAACCCAAAAAGAACACUCAGGCAUACUUUCAGUCAUCAAUCCAGACAUAUACACAGACUAUUAGCAGAAUGUAG